AUGUCAUAUCAAGGAACGGGAGGUGUACAGUGUCCAACUGGUUGGUCUUCAUACAAUGGGUAUUAUCCAGGUUGCACUAACACAGGGUUUCCAUCUGCUAAAAUAAUACCUCAUGUAGUAUCAACAUUAGGAGAGGGACCUCCUGUUAAUCCGUCCAGAUCUAGAAUACCAAGUCUUGUCGUUGUAUUCCAGUGCAUGUUUGAACAGGUUUCAAACUACGUUUACGAUGUAUAUUGGUAUAUUAAUGAAUAUUAUGUCACAGAACACAUCAAUACAUUGUACGGUGAUAUAAGACAAACAGACCUUCGCCCCGAAGACUGGGUUGAGAAACAUCACAUGAAUAUGAUAGUAAGGUGUUCUGUCAGACUACGAAAUGAAGCUGAAAGCCUUCCAGGUCCUUUUUAUGACAGUGACUGGUUCAAAGCAGGUUUAUUCCCAGAUCAAUUUCAAUACCAAGUACUUGAAAGUGAGAGCACGAUAAUCUCAUAUACCGCUACCGUUCCAGUUGGUUGUUAUCGAGCUGACCGAGUCUCACAUUGUAAUCAUUUACUAUACGUUACACAGCCUAAAUACCAAGAAUCACCAGCAACUUGUUCUUCAAGCAACAUUUUGCAACAGGACAUUGCUUUUGACAGUUUCCAGUUCUGUGGGUUAACAGUUCCAUCACAAUAUGGUGGACAGUCAAUUCAGUUUAAUGUGACAGGAUAUGUUGACGGUCAAUACAGUGGGAACAGAAAACGAUCAACAAAAAUAAGACUUACGUCACUCAUGAGUACGGUUGAUUUAACAGGUGCUUGGGACAACAUUACAAGUCCUGACAUAGAGGUUAAUGCAUUGUUUACACCGUGUGGAUCUGCAUCGUGCAACUGUGGAGUGGCUAUUCAGGCUGGUCCAUCUCUUUUUGUUGUUAGAACUUGUGACACUAUAUCCAAAAAAGUCAAAUACGCCCGUGGGCUAGUGACACCUAUCGUUGAUCAACGCAUCUGUGAUGACAAAAGCAUGAUUAUAAAGGAAGACCCAAAAUCAGGAGUAUAUAUUGUGACUUUGUCGAUCGGAACAACCGUUAGCUUUAGGGUAACUGGUAAUUAUAUCAGUUAUAUUACUAUAAAACCAUCUGUUCUCGACCUUGGCAGUGCAGAGGGACUUUGUGGAUACAUAAGCAAUGAAAACGGUAAAUCAGACGAUGAUUUACGUAAAAGGAAUGAAACAAAUGCAACGUCAUCUAUAGAAGAUUUUGCCAAAUCAUGGGAGGUAACAGGGACCAGUGAGUCCUUAUUUGCAGAUAACCCACCAGUUUUAUCAUAUCAGAAUAGUUUACAAUCUUACUGCACAUGUGCCAGUGAGGGUGGGCCUCAAGGAGGAAUAACAGACAACAACUUUCUGCACUGCAACCUCUCUCAACCAAUGGAAGCAUGCUAUGAUGUUCAAACUAAGUUUUCUUUCGAUACAAGAUGUUCAGAUGGCAAUCGAAAUAAAAGGUCAGCUGGUGAUCCACUGCAAAGGGUGAUAAGAAGCACAGAUGAUACGGAUGAUGUAAUAGAGGUUACACCACUGACUAUUUCAGAAGAUGUUUUCGACGACUCAGUCCCUCUUGAUGUACCGAAAUGGAGAAAUGGAUGGACGUAUGAACUUGCGGAGUCUACUUGUAAAGAGUAUCUUAACGAAAGAUUUCCACCUGAUUUAAGUGAAAUAACUGGAGAAUAUCCAGAUGACUACAUUGGAACCUGUAUUGAUGAUAUAAAGGCUGCAAGGGAUACAUCUUUUAUGUCUACAACUUUGGCCACCAUGCUUACGUCCGCAAAAACAGAAUUGGAAAGGAACCAAACUCUAAAGGAACAAACAACAGAAGACGGUAAAACUGUGCUUGAAAAACUCACAAGUCUACUGUGUUUAAACAACUGUAGUUCUAAUGGGAACUGUAUCAAAGGUAUAUGCAUUUGUGAAUCCAUGUUUGGUGGAGAGGAUUGUUCCAAGUCAAGGACUACAGCACCUACCAACAUAAGUGUACCUGAACUAGGAUUAUGUCAAUCUAGAGCUAGAUCAUGUAAAAAGACUAACAUUAUGGGUCAUUUUAUGCCUCCUGAUGUAUGGUGCAACAUUAAACAUUUUGAGAUCCUCGAAAAUAACAGAUCAUAUACAGGACCACCAACUAUUUCGAAAGCAGUAAUCAAACAUUCUUACAUGGUGUCGUGUGAGUUUGCAAAUGCUAGACGAAAAAGAUCAACGUCCAACGCAACGGUCUUUGCCGAUGGUUAUGAUAUUAAGUUAUCCAAUGAUGGUUCCAAUUAUGGUGAAGUGGUCACUUUAAUUGUGUAUGACGAUGAAUGUUAUUCCUGUGACACAGUUAACGUCACGUGUACUGCUAUUGAAACGUGUCCUCUGACAAGAACUGAACAAACAGAAUCAGGAAAAGUACAGAAUGAGGAAAACGAUGAUAACAAUGUUGUAUUACCUGUUAGUAUUAUAGCUGGACUUAUUGUUCUUGCAGCGUUGAUUGGGUUCAUCGUUAACCAAAUCAAACAUAAAGAUAUCGGGCACAGACAAAUUAAUACACUUGCGAAAGGAAAACAACCAGAAGAUCUAUUGUCAUAUGAUUUGCCAACACAAAAUAUACCACCAAAAUUGAACGAGUUAGAUCGGAUUCAAACUCCGCGUUUAACGAAGGAAUAUUCAUCAGCAUCGAGUUUUUCUGUCGAGAUAAGUAGUGCUGAAAGAAGAACACCAGACCAUUUAUUUAUGGUUGAUAACAAAUACAAUUAG